GACUCUGUAAUGUCGUGUCGCUUCCGUUCAUUGGCGUUGCUGGCAUAGUGGGCCGUAGUUCUCUGUCUCUGUGCUGGGCUUGGGGUGACAAAGCUUUGUUCGUCGUCCUCAAGCAUCCGGAAAAGUCACAAUGGCCGCGAAAAAUCCAGACGACUUGGCCACAGCCAUCCUGAAGACUAAGCAGAAGCCGAACCGCCUGCUUGUAGAGGACGCCAUCAACGAUGACAACUCUGUCGUCUCCCUGUCCCAGGGCAAGAUGGAUGAGCUGAUGCUCUUCCGGGGUGACACAGUGCUGCUCAAGGGCAAGAAGCGCCGCGAGACGGUGUGCAUUGUGCUCUCCGAUGACACCUGCCCAUCGGAGAAGAUCCGCAUGAACCGCUGCAUCCGAAACAACUUGCGUGUGCGCCUCGGGGAUGUGGUGAGCAUCCAGGCCUGCCCGGACGUCAAGUAUGGCAAACGGAUCCAUGUGCUGCCCAUCGAUGAUACUGUCGAGGGCCUCUCAGGGAGCCUAUUUGAGGUGUACCUGAAGCCAUACUUCCUGGAGGCUUACCGGCCCAUUCACAAAGGGGACCUCUUCCUUGUCCGCGGUGGCAUGCGUGCAGUCGAGUUCAAGGUGGUCGAAACGGACCCGUCGCCCUACUGCAUUGUGGCACCAGACACUGUCAUUCACUGUGAUGGAGAACCCAUCAAGCGCGAGGAGGAAGAAGAGUCCCUGAAUGAGGUUGGCUACGACGACAUUGGUGGCUGCCGCAAGCAGCUAGCACAGAUCAAGGAGAUGGUUGAGCUACCACUGCGACAUCCCAGCCUAUUCAGGGCCAUUGGCGUCAAGCCUCCCCGUGGUAUCCUUCUCUACGGUCCACCCGGCACAGGAAAGACUCUCAUCGCUCGUGCGGUCGCCAAUGAGACUGGCGCUUUCUUCUUCCUCAUCAACGGACCCGAGAUAAUGAGCAAAUUGGCUGGAGAGUCUGAGAGCAAUUUGCGAAAAGCUUUCGAAGAGGCAGAGAAGAACGCACCGUCCAUCAUUUUCAUCGACGAGUUGGAUGCCAUCGCACCGAAAAGGGAGAAGACGCACGGCGAGGUGGAGCGCCGCAUCGUCUCUCAGCUCCUGACCCUCAUGGACGGGUUGAAGCAGCGUGCCCACGUCAUCGUCAUGGCCGCCACCAACCGACCAAACAGCAUCGACGCCGCCCUUCGACGCUUCGGCCGCUUUGACCGAGAGGUGGACAUUGGUAUCCCCGACUCGACCGGCCGCCUGGAGAUCCUGCGCAUUCACACCAAGAACAUGAAGCUGGCUGAAAACGUCGACCUCGACAAAAUAGCAGCCGAAACUCACGGUUUUGUGGGGUCAGAUUUGGCUGCACUCUGCUCAGAGGCUGCUCUGCAGCAGAUCCGCGAGAAGAUGGACCUCAUUGACCUCGAGGAUGACCAGAUCGACGCGGAGGUGCUCAACUCAUUGGCUGUCACCAUGGACAACUUCAGGUGGGCCAUGGGCAAGUGCAGCCCGAGUGCUCUGCGCGAGACUGUUGUCGAGGUGCCCAACAUCACCUGGAUGGACAUUGGAGGCUUGGACAAUGUCAAGAAAGAGUUGCAGGAGAUGAUCCAGUACCCUGUGGAGUACCCGGAUAAGUUCCUCAAAUUCGGCAUGACCCCGUCACGAGGCGUACUCUUCUACGGACCACCUGGGUGUGGUAAGACACUACUAGCCAAGGCCAUUGCCAACGAGUGUCAGGCCAACUUCAUCUCCAUCAAGGGACCCGAACUUCUGACCAUGUGGUUUGGAGAGUCUGAGGCCAACGUGAGAGACGUCUUCGACAAGGCACGAGCAGCGGCCCCAUGUGUGCUCUUCUUCGAUGAGCUUGAUUCCAUCGCAAAAGCCAGGGGUGGCAACAUCGGUGAUGCUGGCGGUGCUGCCGACCGUGUGAUCAAUCAGAUUCUGACCGAGAUGGACGGCAUGAGCAGCAAGAAGAAUGUUUUCAUCAUUGGUGCCACCAACCGGCCAGACAUCAUCGACCCGGCCAUUCUGCGACCCGGCCGUCUCGACCAACUCAUCUACAUCCCACUCCCAGACGAAAAGUCGCGCGUCGCCAUCCUCAAGGCCAACCUGCGCAAGUCCCCACUGGCACCCGAUGUGGACCUGAACUACAUAGCCAGCGUCAGCCCUGGGUUCAGUGGUGCCGACCUCACAGAGAUCUGCCAGCGAGCUUGCAAGUUGGCCAUUCGGGAGUCCAUCGAGCAGGAGAUCCGUAGGGAAAAGGAGCGCUCCCAGAAUCCCGAUGCAAACAUGGAUGUUGAAGAACACGACCCUGUGCCUGAAAUCCGCAAGGACCACUUUGAGGAGGCCAUGAAGUUUGCCCGGCGGUCGGUGAGCGAGAACGACAUCCGCAAGUACGAGAUGUUUGCCCAGACCCUACAGCAGAGCCGAGGAUUCGGCACAAACUUCAGAUUCCCACCGUCCCAACCAGCGGGGCCAGGCGGCACCGGUGGGAGCAAUCCAAAUCCGGCGUCGAACUUCCAAGAAGACGACGACGACCUCUACAGCUAAUGGGGAUUCGGGAGUCAAGGGAAAGAAGCCAGACGGUGUACAUAUAAAAAGCGGGCCCUUGUAUUUAACCUGCGCCCUCGGGGGAAAAGGGGGAAGGGGGGACCACCACACGCAGCCCAUGCGCAGUCUCAAUAAAACAGGAGUAUUUUCACUCGUU